CAGUUCGCGUUGUAGGAUGCUGGUCUUGUGUCUUGUGUCAAUAAGCAGCCGCCGCAGUGGAAAAUAAAAAAACAAAUUAGUAUUUCUCUCGCUCUCGAGAAGCACCCGCUCACAGAUCUACCACACGAAGGAACGAACGAAAACUUUCACUACUUUCUCAACGCCUUGCCGAGGCAAAGAUACGGACGGAUACGGAGGGCGACCGGUUUCUCCACGGAUCUUCGAGUGGUGAGUUCGGAUCAGAAGCGACAGCAGCAGAAAUUACCCACCAGAGAAAGAGAGACGCCGUGCGCCAACUCAGUGCCGAUUGGUGUUAAGUGUGAACCGCACAGAUUGUAGUGAUUGGCUGUGACUGGCCACAGGUGAACGUGUUAUUCCGGGGCCGAAAAAAAACCUUAGCUUUUAUCGCCAGGAAUUAGCAAGUAAAAUUUGGAUUCGUUCGGAAAGUGGUGACCGAAGAAAAAGCGGUGAACCAAAAAGUUUUAAAGGUGAUUGUCAGCUGCUGUUAACUCUUUCCAAUUGUGUGAUUAGUGCAGGAAAAAAUAGUAAUCAACACCUGCAAAGGAGGAAGCGCAACAAUCAGCGAUUCUCCAAUUCUGCGAUAUGGUGGUGAACCACCCAGGAAAAGGGAUGCCGUGGUGAGUGAGCACAAAGUGGCAGUAUCGUCAUCAUCACCAGCACCACCAUUACCACCACCGCCGUCAUCACUACUGUCAUCUCUCUCUCCACGCAAAGGUCAAUUGCGUUGCGGACAGAUGAUUCAAUUAGCCUACCGGAUGAUUUAGGGAUUGGAAAGUGAGCUACUGCUUGAGUCGGGUGAGAGUGAAAAAUUAACCGAAGAAAGCGCGUUGUUCUACAAACAGCUACAAACUGUUAGUGAUCAACCAGAAGAAGUAUAUUAUUGCGGGAAGGCAAGGUGAAAAAAAAUGCAAUCAAGUGCGGCUGAUAUGGUUAAGGCUCCGAUAGUCGAUCAUCGUUCGCUGCAUCCGUUGCUGGCUGGCGACAAAAACAGCACGCGAAGAAAGAUGGUCAGUGGGACGAAUGGAUCAUCUUGGCUGUGGCCGCUGGCAGUGCUAGUUUGUCUAGGGGUAUUUGCAAAUUCCGCUGUCGCCACCGAAGAAAUCAUCGCGAUCGACGACUACCAUAAUCAGACCAUCAGCAGUGAUAGUGACAGUUUAGGUACGGUGCUGAGCAAUUCCACCACCGCAGCCACCCAGCCGGAGCCGGUGGCGGCAAGGGCAACGAGAGCGAAACCAUUGUUUUCAACCGGAAAUCCACUGUGGGAUGCACUGGUCGCUGAGUGCAUCAAGAAGCCGACAUUCGCAUGCAUCCAGAAGAAUGUGUACAGUUUUCUGGGCGAAUCGCUAGAGGUCGGUGACUUCAACGUGAGCAGCCGACUGGUGUUUACCAAGAACCGAGUUGAUUUCACCAAGUACACCCGCGAAGCCAACGAAGAAGAUCACGACCAGGGCGACCACGAGGUGGACAACGAAAUCCCGGAUGCAAGAGACUUCGAGCCAACGUCCCCAAUCGAGGAGGUAACCUCAGCUUUACACGGCAAAACCGUUAAGUUUAUGUUAACACACGAUGUCAACAUUCAAAUGCCGGAAAUGAUGUUCGAUGGUGCUAUAUUCCGCAUCGAACCACGUGCCAUAGAGGGAAACGGAAUGUUAGCCAAGCUAGAGUUCAUCCCGAAAACAGCAGUCGAAUCCAGAGGAAUCCAAACCCCGCGAAUUCUAUUCAAAAAAAUCAAAAAGUUUUUCCAAAGCAAACUACUGCUCGCUUUCCUCGGCGUGCUUCUCGUCAUCAAAAUCAUCAAAAUCAAAGUCAUGUGGUUACUGCCGCUGCUGGUUGGGGUCGGCACUGCCAAAAAACUUAUCCUCAAGUUCCUGCUAUUCCUCUUUCCAGCGUUCGCACAUAUCUUCAAGCUGUGCUCGUACUACCACCAGUCAUACCACAAACCGAAUUUCCACCACCAUCAGCAUCACAUCAGCCAUCUGCAUACGGUCUACCCGCACGACCACAGUAAUCAUCUGCCGGAGCUGAUCUUCACCAAGCCCCCGCGUGGACACCCAUCGGAGUAUAUUCACGGAGCGCCGGUCCCACCGCAUGCCCACUUCCAGCCGGAGUUCCACUACGAAAGCUCGGGGCCCGGCCUCGGAUCGGAGUUCAUUAGCGAUAGAAACUCUUACGUAGACACCUCAUUCAAGCCAAAGUACGAUGAUUUGAAUGAAAUCAAUGCAUGGGGUUUGGGCACAGGUUCAACAACAGCACCAACAUCAACAUCAUUCUCCUCACUGCCUGCCAGUGGUGGUCACAGUCACAGCAGCAAUGUAAAUCCACUCACGCAUCCGCACCAGCAAAGGAUCAUCGUGACUAAGCCUGUGUACGGACCACCGUCAUCCCAUGGACCUGGAUUUUUGUCGACGAUCAGCGCCAAGCGAUCCCCAACCGGAGCGGCCAGUUCGAUUGCGAACGCCUACGUGUCUGCCCCGACCGGUCCAACGACGGCAGCCGAGGAGCAAAUGAUGCGGGAGGCCCAGCGCCAGGAAGCUUACAGGAUAGCCCAGGAGCAAAAAUUGAUCGCCAAACAGCAACAAAUCAUCAACCACCAAGCGUUCGUCCAGGAGGGCGUGACCCCGCGACCAGUCGACCCGUUCUACAGCCCGAUAUUGCAGCGGUUGGAAAAAGUGUUCAACUCGCUCGGGAUCGUUGAUGAAAACUGCCGCGAGAGGCUCGUUUGUGCCAUGUACAAAGCUCCCGUCAAGUACAGUCCCCACAGUAAUUACGUUUCGGCGGAACUGAGCAGGGACGCAACGGAGCUACAGAAGCCAACCUCGACGAACGCAGCCGUGGUCCGUUUCUACCGGUACGUGCAGGCAGCUCGUGAUGGUCAGGAACAGCGGGACUGCCGGCAGAUUUACUCGCUCUGUACAAUCAACAUUGACAAGAAGAAGAAGUAAUUCUCAAUAGCCCAUUUAAAAACAAGAAAAAAAAAUAAAAACAUGAAAACAAUUGCUCAAAAACUACAUUCCACUUCAGCAACAACAGUAAAGCUCCUGGGUCCAAGUGGUAAACAAUUCGGCUUACGGUAGAAUUUGUAAGUUGUGACCAGCCCAACAAGUCAAUAAUGUUUCAAGAAAUGUUUUUUCGUCGUGUAAAUAGCAAUUCGAGUGGCAGUAGCGUGUAAUAGUUUAAGUUUUCGUUUCAAUAGCACUUAGUCAUUACUACUAAACCAUUGUUGUUUGACCCUAAAAUUAACACUUAGUCAAAUAGAAAACAAAUAAUCUAGCAGCAACAACAACAGCAACAAAGGGUAAUCAGGUGUCGGCAUCCUAAGAGGAAUGUGUUAUUGAUAUUAUAUAGAGUUAAAAUAGGCUUUAUAUGCACGAAAGCGCAAUCAAAUCUAGGGGUCAACUUUUGCUUUGGCCAUCCAAAAUAUUGUCGGAACGUUGAGAGCACAUUUGUGUUACUUGUUAUGUGAACUGUUGCAAAGAGAAAACGUUUGAUUAGUGAUUAAUAAUUUAUUGAAUUAUUUAUUUAUUUAUUCUUCUAAUAGUUUAACUAGCUUAAUUUAUGUAUUUAUUCUUCUGUAAAAAUAGGAAUUGAUAAAAACAAAAUUGCAUCUUAAAAACAAA